UAACUGCAACCAUGCGCGAUGGAGACUUCUGCGCCAGAAAGUGGGUACAGUGGAGACCCAAAUGUACUGUUUGACCAGUUUGUGAAUGCAGGGACAUGUAAAUCUAUCUUACAUACAUUCCAACUACUCUGCGAUGCCUUGGACAUUAAACAGACGGAUCACCGACAUUUCUAUCGAAGGUUGAAAUUGAGAUUGACAUCAUGGAAAGCUCAGUCACUGUGGGCCAAGCUGGACAAAAGAGCAAGCCACAAGGAAUACAGAAAAGGCGAAGCUUGCACAAAUACCAAGGUACUCAUCAUUGGUUCAGGACCAUGUGGUUUGAGGACAGCGAUAGAGAUUGCUUUGCUGGGUGGGAAGGCCGUGGUGUUAGAGAAACGAGAUAGCUUUUCUCGUAAUAAUGUCCUACAUCUUUGGCCAUUCCUUAUAACUGACCUGAAGAAUUUUGGUGCCAAGAAGUUCUUUGGGAAGUUCUGUGCUGGUUCCAUUGAUCAUAUAAGUAUCCGUCAACUUCAGUGCAUUCUGUUAAAAGUUGCUCUUAUUUUUGGUGUGGAGGUGCACUACAAUGUAUCGUUUGAGAAUCUUUUAGAACCCCCGGCUGAUCAAAGCAAAGAAAAAAUUGGAUGGCGUGCACUGGUUAAUCCAGCAAACCAUCCUGUAUCAGAAUAUCAGUUUGAUGUUCUUAUUGGUGCUGAUGGCAAAAGAAACACAUUAGAAGGGUUUCAGAGAAAAGAAUUCCGAGGCAAACUGGCCAUUGCUGUGACAGCAAACUUCAUCAACCGAAACACACAAGCUGAGGCUCGAGUAGAGGAAAUCAGUGGAGUUGCAUUUAUUUACAAUCAAAAGUUCUUUCAUCAGCUUAAGGAAAAGACUGGUAUUGACCUUGAGAAUAUUGUCUACUAUAAAGACGCCACACAUUAUUUUGUUAUGACAGCGAAGAAACAGAGCCUGCUUGAUAAAGGCGUUUUGAAGCAUGAUUACUCUGACACUGGUUCACUCUUGUCACGGUCCAACGUUGACCAAGAAGCAUUAUUAUCUUAUGCCAGAGAAGCAGCUGAUUUUUCUACAAACCACCAGCUGCCUCACAUGGAUUAUGCGGUCAACCAUUACGGGCAAGCAGAUGUGGCCAUGUUCGAUUUUACUUCCCUUUUUCAAGCAGAAAACGCAUGUCGAAUUUUAAGUAAACAUAAUCAUAAAAUGAUUAUGGCGUUAGUUGGAGAUAGUCUAUUGGAGCCUUUCUGGCCGACUGGAUCUGGUUGUGCACGUGGAUUUCUAAGUGCCCUUGAUUCAGCUUGGAUGAUCCGAAGCUGGGCAGGAGGAAAAUUGACUCCACUGCAAGUAAUAGCUGAGCGCGAGAGCAUCUACCGAUUACUCUCUCAGACAAAGCCAGAGAAUAUCAACAAGAACUAUAAUGCAUACACAAUUGACCCCAACACUAGGUACCCCAAUCUAAAUUCAAAUUAUUUUAGAUCUGAACAAGUUCGUCCAUUGUAUAUAUGUGAUGAGGAAGAUGAAUAUCUAAAGAAUGAAAUAAACGAGCUUCCACUCAAGAAGCCGCGAAAUGAUGAUUUUAUUGACAGCUACACAUUGCUACGAUGGUGCCAGCGUGUGCUCAACACUGGUAGACACCAGUCUGUAAAUAUUAUAGAUUUUACUUCCUCUUGGAAGUCUGGGUUGGCACUGUGUGCCCUUAUACAUACAUUCAGACCUGAUCUCAUUGAUUUUAAUAGCCUCAACAAAUCCGAGGUGGUAAAGAACAAUCAGCUUGCUUUUGAUUUAGCCGAAAAAGAAUUUGGUAUCUCACCUGUGAUGACUGGGCAAGAGAUGGCCGAGUGUGAUGUGCCUGACAAACUUGCCAUGGUUUCCUAUCUCUCUCAGUUCUAUGUUAUUUUCAAGAAAGAAAAACAUCCAAAACUGGAAAAUAUUGCUCUCACUCCAGAAGAAGGGCCAAAACCAUACAGAUCUCCAUCUCAUCGUUUGUCCCUUCUGCAGAAGAUAAGCAACCGCUUCUCUAAACACAAAAGACUCAGCCGAAGUCGAGAAGACGAGCAUUUAACCUUUGGCACUGGACAUGCCACUGGCGAACUGAAAGAGAAUCGGGCCCCUGUUGAGUUAAAAAGCUAUUCAAAACUUCCUAUUAAUGAAAUAAGCAACCGAUUAACAUCAAAUUGGAGAUUUGAAGACAUGAAAAAAGAUAGGAGAGAAGUUCAGAGCAAAGUGAAUGUUAGCGCCAUGGCUGAAAUUCUAGCUUCCAAGUUCAAAGCUGACUUACAACCACCCCCACCUGCAAUAAAAAGAAUUACAUCCAAUCCCACACUUCUGGCUGCUCAACCUGCAAGUGAAUUUUGCUAUUUUUGUAAAAGAAGAGUGUAUAUAAUGGAGCGAAUGAGUGCUGAAGGUCUAUUUUUCCACCGUGGCUGUUUACGUUGUGAACAUUGCAAGAACAACUUACGACUAAGCAAUUACUCAUGUGAUAGAACCAUCACAGGAGAAGUGAGGUUUUACUGCUUCCGUCAUGUUGGAAUGAUGAGACAGAGAAGAAAGCGCAGUUUAACAGAAGAACCCACAAAGGAUGAACAAGAUCUGACACCAGGCACAUCACCACCUCGUAUACCACCUUUGGCAGAAACUUACAAGAACACCCCAAGCACGUCACCCUCAAUUAAAAAGAAAGGUGCUCCCAAAGUCAAAGACGAUUCUCAAUUGAAUCUGAAGAAUACACCUGAAAGAGUAGAAUUUGAAAACUAUAUUGAAGGUGUGUCAGAGGAGACUGAAGAAGAACAGUUUGAACACAAUUUGAGGCCCUCACUAUCAUCUCAAGAACUUCUGGAAGCAAGUGACGAAGAAGAGAAUUCAAGUGAUUCUGAUGAAGAACUUUCCGAUCUGGAGCUGUCGGACUUUCUGUCCCAGUGGACUAGUGAAGAUGAUGCUGAUGUGGAAGACUUGGACGAUGAUGCCAGUCAUAUCCUUACUUGGGAAGAAGCCUGUCUGCUUGCUGAAACAUUGCAAGAGAGACAGGCUCGGGAGAGCAUCCCCAGCAAGUUAGCUGAUAAGUGCAGGCUUCAGCUGGAAGACACUGACAGCACAGAAGAAUCUAGUGAUGAUGAAACAGAGACAGAGAAAGGUUUUUCAUCUGAUGAUGCUGAUGACACAAUGAAAGAUCAGACAACACCUGACACUGAAAAUAAAACACUAUUAGAUGAAAUGGCUGAUGCAAGGACAGAUCAGCGAUUAUCCAGAUUGCGACCUACAUCGAAAAUUGAGCCUUUAUCACCUCUUCGCUCUCCGACUAGUCCUGCUAGUCAAAUGGAAGCAAGAGCCAAAUUUUUUGCAUCACCCCCAGAGCCAGUUCGACUUGAUGCCAAACUGCUCUUUGGAAUUGACAAAUCUGAAAAAGCAGGUGAGAAGACGCCGACAUCGAGUGAAAAUGUUAAUAAUGCUAAAGAUGAAGCUGUCACACCAAGCACUACUGAUGUUACCAUUGGUCAGGUACCUGAUACUGUGGACACUAAGGUAGAAGAUUCUAAUUUGGAUAAAGAUGCUUUAAAAGAUGCCAUUGCCAAGUCGGAUAUAACUGUGGAGGAAGAUUACUUUGAAGGAUCUGAAGAAAGUGAAACUGAAACUUUGGAAGAGGUAGCCUCUGAAGAAGCUGAUACCAAUGACGAAAUUGAUGAUAUCAUUGAGGAGAAUGUAGUAGAUGACAGGGAGGCUGUCGGUCAAGCCAUGGAAGAAGUUCUAACAAGUCUUGAAAGAAGAUCUACCAGUAGCGAGGAAGAUGAGGAAAUGACUCCUGCCAAAGCUUGGGAAGGCAUGCAAGACGAUGAUGACGUCUUCAUGAAAGAGAGCACCAAUAUUAGAGAUAGCGCCUACAAUGGUGAAGCCAUGGAAAAUGGCACCUAUGAAGACAAUGAAAAUGAAGAUAUCUACAAAGGCAGAGCUGUUGAAGGUGAUGUCAUUAAAGGUGUUGCCAUUGUAAGAAAUACUGUGGAAGACGAUAAUAUUGGUGAAAACAUUGAAGAUGACAACAUUGUGAAUGACACUGAGCAAAUUCUUGAAGCUGAUGUAAAAACCGAUGUGCUAGAUGAGAUGAAGGAGGAGGAAUUACAGCUAAAUAAUUCCAGUGAAGACGAAUCGAAGAGCACAGAGACAACAAACACAGAAAAGGCCGUUCUUCGAAGUGUUUCUGCCAUGUCUGAUGACACUAUUGUUGACUCAGAGGAUAGCACUCUGCAGUCUGUGCUCCGUAGCCUAGAAAGAAUGGACGAGCCAUCGACGCCAGUUUUAGAAUCAGAGCCUUGGAACAAACUUGAUGAAAGAUUCAUUACCAAAAGAAAGAAGAAACCCAAAAAAGAUGAUGGUGGAUCUGAAUCAGACACCAGCUUUACACUAUCUACACCAAGUAAAUCAAUUCACUCUUCUUUAAGUUCUCUUAACGAUGCAUUGCAGUACAACAAGCAAAUUCUGUUAGAAACUGCUGCCAAUAAUUCCGAUAACGAACUCCUCAACGAGUUUCAGCAAGUUAUAGAAGAAAGACUCGAUGAGGUUAAUAACGAAGCUGAAAACAUUGCUAUUGAAGCAAACAGUGAGGAGGCGCCACAAGAGAAUGAUGUUACUUUGACUGAAGAUACAUUUUCUGAACUUCCAGAAGAAUCGGUGAAGGCUGAGGAAGAAUUGCAGAAAAUCAAGGUAAUAGAUGUCUCUGUGGUGUCAAAAGAUGAAGAUAAAGUUACAGAACCAUUACAUGAAGAAAUGGAAGUUGAAGAAGCACCAAAGAAUCUCGAAAUGGAAUUGGAAGAAAUCUCUGAAUUGCCAGAAAAAAUUGUUGAACAGGAGGAAGAGGACGUUAUUGUUACUAAAAAUGUCAAUGCUAAUUUGGAAAUGGUUGAGAAUGAAAGUGAGCAAAUAUUAGCAGAUCUUAACAAUGAGAAUCUUCCAUUGUCCUCAACUAGGAAAGAAGAUAUUACAGAGUUGUUGGACAAUAAAGUUCCUGAGAAAACCCCAAAUGAAAUAAUUAGUGACCUAGACAAGAAAACAGUAAUUACUCCUUCAAAUAAACUGCUAAAUAAAAUUGAAAUGUAUGAGUCAAAAGAAUCUGAACUGCAGCCUUGUAGUCCUAGGGAGGAAAAAAUGGUACAUUCUGUAUCUGUAACUGAAAAGAUCAAGCAGAGUACUCCACAAUCGACUUUCUCACCGAAAAAGAACAAAUUAGCUGAUAAAAAACCUGUGUUGGUUGACAUUGCUGAUAGGCAUCCUCUUUUUGCUAACAAGAAACUCACUGUGAAUACUCCGAGUAAGGUUGAUGUUGAAAGCAGUGCUGCUGCUAUACCUACUACUACUACUAUUACCAGUACACCUACUACAACUACUACUACAACUGCUGAUGAUAAUGUGGAUGCUGCUAAUACUCCAACAACACCUACCGAAGUUAAAUAUAGAAAUUCAAUACCCAUAAAACCGCCUCGGUCAGCUCGGCCUUUGACCACUGAAUUUGAUUCUCGACGUCCUCUCUCUGACCUUAUUUUAGAAAGCCAACCUAUAGCUGCUCGAUCUUCUGAUAGAAUCCAGUCAAAUAAAACUAGUGCCAACAAACAAGUUACACGAGCUUCUUCACUUCCGAGGGAAAGUCAUAUGGAAAAAUAUCUUUCAAGUGUUGACGUUGAAAUGAGAAAGAAACCUGAAUAUUUGUGGAAAGGUGAUAGAGAUAAUUGGAAACGUUAUUCAGAUUUACCUGAGAACAACGGUAACUAUGAUAUGACAGUUGUCAGUAAACAACUUCCUGACAAUAUCACCAGGAAAAAUUACUCUCAUUCGAAAAGCUUAGAUAGAAAUUUUGUUGCUGGAAGCCGGGAAUUAUCUCCAGCACCAAAAGCUACUUUAGAUGAAAGCCCAACUGAUUUAACACCUGUUCCAAAGCCUCGUCGUAUUUUACCAGAAGUUACUGAAUUAAAGAGAAGCCUUCCACCUUUGAAGCCACUAGCUCCUACUCCGGCCUCCAGAACCUCUUUAAAAGCUAAAUCUGCUGGGAGUACUCCAGUAAGCACAGCUACCAAAGAACCUGAAGAAAACAAAAAACAACCUUUUAUUCCAACUAAGUUAGAAGAAAAAAUGAAACCUAAUGCUUCUUUGACUGUGCCUCCUGAAGGUAGGAAUGACAAAAGGCGUAAGAUUCCUGUAGAUGCAAGUUUGAAGAAACCUCAAAAAGAAAACCAUCUUGAUAAGCAAUCUAGUGUUGUAGAAUCUAUUGAUGAUAUUCCCUUUGCUGAUGAAAGCGAUAGUGAUGCUCUGACAACUAUCAGCAUCAGCUCAGUGGAGCAGUUCCCUGGAACUCUCAUAAAAUCAAAGCCGGUCCGCCGGGUAUCCCAUUCUGCAUUUAAGAAAAGGAUAUUGCCAGCAGCUCCGAAAAAGGAACCAGCUACCCCCAUUGUACCAACCGAUUCAACAAAACCACCUGAACCAAAGAAAAAGGAAAGAGUAAUCUCUCUCACCAAGAUGAUCCCUACCAACAAACGAGACAGUUACAACCAAGACAUUCCAGCGUCGGUGUUAUUGUCUACGCCUUACACCACAUCUCCUUUCUGGAAGAUGUCACCCACUCCAAAUACACCCAUUCCAAGUACCUAUUCAGACCAAACCCCUGUUAAGCAACAAUCCCUUACAACAAACCAGUCUGCAUUCAGUCCAAAAGUUCCCAGCCCCACACCAAAACCCUUCCUAAGUUGGUCACAAUCUACAAGCACUAAGAAACCUGAAAAGCCUAAAGAAGGGACUCAGUCAGAAGGUUCUUCAACUGCAUCCACUCCAAAGAAAGAAAAGAAACGGUCCUUAUUGUCUAUGUUCUUGCCAAGUAAGUCUCGUAACAAAAGUACCAGCAGUGGUUCUGAAAGCUCUGACAAGCAAAAGACUCCAACAUCAAGUAAAGAGAAGAAACUAGGGCAAAAACCCAGCAAAACUGUAAAUGAUAAAAAAGAUAAAGGAAUGAAACAUACCGAUUCUAAAGAUCUAGAUUUUGAUCUUAGCAGGGACAUGACAGACCUUAGUAUAAAAUCUGUUUUCCAUGUAAAAGACCGGCCACAUAUUACAGCAGAGCAAAAACUGCGCAUUUUGGAAAGUGGGCUGAAAGCAAUAAUUCCACCAAGAGGAGACGAUGAGUUCUCGGAUUCUGGAGAAAGCUUUUUAUCAACUGAUACAUCAGUAUCAAGAAGAUCAAAAUUGAGCGAUCCGAAAAAGAUCCAGCAAGCUGCUCGGAAACAACAGAAGCGCCAGCAACAGCAAAGACUGCGCAGGGCUCAGGAAAUACAACGGCGGUUAGAAGAAGUAGAUGUGCAACAGAAAGAAUUGGAAGACAGAGGCGUUAUUGUUGAAAAAGCUUUGCGGGGCGAAGGUCUUGAGUAUGGAUUCAUCAAUAUAUGUCUGGCAUGUGCCUUUACUCCACUGCAAGGAAGAGGAAUCAACCAGAUUUCAACCCUUCUCAAAGGACAACAAAAAGCUGGUCGAAACGAGGGUGAACUCAUGCAAGAAUGGUUCAAUCUUGUACACGAGAAGAACGUUCUACUUCGUUAUGAAUCUGAACUUAUGGUGCAAGCUAAAGAAUUAGAGUUAGAAGAUCGGCAGGCUCGUCUUGAAACUGAAUUAAGGAACAAAAUGACAACAGAUGAUGAGAAGAGUAAAACCUCGGAUCAGGUUGAAGCUGAGAAACGAAUUCUUGCUGAACUGCUUGAAGUUGUCGAAGAACGUGAUGCCUUAGUGUCAAUGCUUGAGGAGGACCGACUCAGAGAGCGAGAAGAAGACCGAGAUUUAGAAGGCAUAAUGCUCACCAAGGGCUUCGAACUGUCUCCGCUCAGCUGCAUACGACCUCCGAAAGGACCAACACGCUUAGGAACAACUUCAUGAUAAAGCAUUCUUCUCCAAGAUAUACCAGACUGUUGGAAACAUUUUACUUUUAACCUUAAAACAAAAAUAAAGAUAUUUUUAGUUUCUAAGCUCACUUAGAUCCAACGCUAACCAAAAAAUAAAUAAUAAUAAUAAUAAUAAUAAUAAAAGAAAACGUAAACGACGGUUAUUCAGGGGAAGCAACUACCAUUGACUUCAACCUGAUUGGAUCUACACUCGAGGCUUUACAUGUAAGGGGGAGACAACUAACAUUGUCAUUUGUCUUCUACUUGCACGCUUUCUAUUAUCAUGCAACAUUCAGGUGGUUCAAAUUAUUGGGAAAAAAAAAUCACUUAAUGAAAAACAAGAAAAAAAAAAAUGAAAAUAAGUGAAAUAUAUAUAUAAAAAAAAAGGAACAAACCAUUUUUUUUUUCAUGAAAAUCCCCUCCAAAAAAAUAAAAUAAAUAAAAACGAAAGUAAAAUGAUAAGUUCAUUAUAAAUAUCAAAGAU